CAGAGCGUUUUCUCUUUCUACGAUACUGUGGCCCUCUCCUUAGCCUUGAAUUAUUCUUUUCACGCUUAUUACCCCUUUCUUUUCUUUAUACAUGCAUCGAGGAAGUGGUCUUGGUCGACUCUGUGCUACAGUUCUACUGCAACCUUGCAUGAAAAGCUUACACUACUACAUGGUGCCUUUUUUAUUCGGUUCAGCGACGAGUUUCUUUCUUUCUACGCCAUGCGGAUUGAUACCAUUCUAUUCUUCUAUUCUCUCUUCUGUCGUCAUUCAUUAUGUCUGGCAGUUUCCAUGGCUACUUGCUUUUUCUGUCCUUUUCAUACUGUAAUACAUUGUGGCAAAGGCUUCGGCAUUUUGUUUUCA